ACUUCAAAUUCCGACAUACAAUCAAUUUCUUCGCUGCUAGGAGUUUCUAAAAACGUCUUUAUUUUAUCAGGUGCAGGUAUCAGUGCUGAGAGCGGGAUUCCUACUUUUAGAGGUGAAGGGGGAAUAUGGAGAAAUUAUAAUGCAGUUGAUUUGGCAACUCCUGAAGCAUUUAUUAAUGAUCCGGUCCUGGUUUGGGAAUUUUAUCAAUAUCGAAGAAAUGUUGUACUACACAAGAAACCUAAUGAAGGUCAUUAUGCACUGGCUGCUAUGGAAAAAGCGUUCAACAAUGCUGGUAGGAACUUCGUUAUCGCAACCCAAAAUGUCGAUGGGUUUCAUCUUCAAUCAGGUAGCAAACACGUUUAUGAACUCCAUGGUAUGCUACAAAAUUUGCUAUUUUUAGGGAAUCUUUUCAGAGUGAGAUGUGGAAAAUGUGGAAAAGUAUCUUCCAACAAAGACAAUCCUAUUUGUCCUGCGUUCCUUACUAGAUCUUCAAUACCCACCAAGAUUUCCGUUGCUGAUCUCCCACACUGUAAUGAUCUGGGCAAGGAUGGUUUAUGUGGUGGGCUUUUGAGACCCGAUAUUGUUUGGUUCGGUGAGUCAUUGGAUCCUGAUAUCGUUUGCUCCGUUGAGAAGGCUAUCUCAUCGGCUGAUAUCUGUCUAGUGAUAGGCACUAGUGCUGUUGUUUAUCCAGCAGCUGGGUUUAUAUCUACUGCUGCCAUGCGAAGAAUACCUUUG